CCGUCUGGGGAAGCGAUCGCACCGACGAACCUCAGGCCUCGCGUCUAGCGGGGAGAAAGCGGCUCGCUCGAAGCCGGAGGGGGAGACUUGACUGGCCAACAGACCCCAGCUGGAUACCCCAGCCUUACUCACAGGAGCAGGUGUACUGAAUCUCCAAAUCCUUACUGCUCCUGGCAUUGCAUCAAUGCUGGGAGUGCAGAACUUUUACAACUGCUGCUCUGACUUCUCCCACCUCUGCAGAUUUCUGGUAUACUUUCAUUGGAGGUUCUGGGUAGGUGGAAACCAGACUGACCCCAAUUUUGCCUUUUUAUAGUGGGUGGGACCAAAGUAGGAGCCGCCAAGAGAUAUAGCUGGGAGACUUGUGGGCUCCUGUUUUAAGUGGGGAAGAAGUGUCCUCAGUUGCCAUGGAGACAAGCCAGGGAGAAAGAGAGACUGACUCAAGGGAUCCCAUUGAAAGUAUAUACCCUGGACCUUUGGUGUUUACCGGCUCUUCAGAAGAGGAUGUGGCUUUGGCCAAACAGUUCUGGGUUUCAGCAACCAUGCAUCCACAUCCUGAGUCUCAGUUAGUGUCAAGCGGCACCCAGCAGCGAUUGCCUGUAGCUCGAACUACUGGGCCCACUGUGGCUGAAAGAAAUUUAAACACUGAGGAUUUCAAGACUGAACAGCUCUUUGAAAAAACCAGAAAAGCUCAGGAAACUGAGGAAAAAGAAAAGUACCUCCAAAAGGCCAAGAAAAGAGAAGAGAUUCUUGAUCUGUUAAGAAAACAAAGAGAAGAAAGAAUAGAAGUGAGAUUGAUACUGAAAAAUAAAGAAUUGGUUUCUCUUGUUCAUAAGCCAAAGGUCCAAGUACCCCCAAAAAAGAAAGUACUCAUAAAAUCAGAAAGAAUGGAUCAAGAAGAAGUGAAGAUAGUGAGUCAGCUUAAUUGAUGAUGAAGGAAACUAAUUUCACUUCUGAAAUUGCCCCCUACCACAUUUUAGCACCUGUUAGGUUCUUUUUUGUUAUUCUAGGUUAAAAGGUCAGUGGAAUAAAUUUACAAAUUUUCAAGAGAA